GCGACAAGUUACAUAUAACACUCCUGCGACGGAUUGAACGAAUUUGCGGAAUUGAUCUAUCUGGAAGAAAAGAUAAAGAAGAGAAUGACCCGUUUUCGCCCAUGUAUUGAUUUGCAUGCGGGCCAGGUCAAGCAGAUCGUUGGCGGUACGUUGACCUCCACACCGGGGGAAUUGAAGACGAACUACAUAUCCUCCCACCCGGCCGGAUAUUUCGCGAAGCUCUACAAGGAACAUGGCUUGGCGGGCGGACAUGUUGUGAUGCUUGGAGGAGGCAAUGAAGAGGCCGCAAGGGAAGCGCUGGCCGCCUGGCCUGGGGGGUUGCAAGUCGCCGGCGGCAUUAAUGACAAGAAUGCACAAUAUUGGAUAGAAGCUGGCGCCGAGAAGGUGGUUAUUACAUCCUACCUGUUUCCCGAGGGGCGGUUCUCUCUUGAUCGAUUACAGACGAUACUCUCCGCACUUGGGAAUGACAAGUCUAAGUUGGUACUAGACUUGAGUUGUCGGAAGAAGGGAGACUCUUGGUUCGUUGCCAUGAAUAAGUGGCAGAAGAUAACGGAAAUGGAGAUCACGCAAGAGACCAUCGCAAUGCUCGAACCAUACUGCUCCGAAUUCCUCAUUCAUGCUGCGGAUGUGGAGGGCCUGCAGCAAGGAAUUGACGAGGCGCUGGUGUCAAAAUUGGCCGAAUGGUGCACCAUCCCAGUAACUUAUGCCGGUGGCGGAAGGAAUCUGGGAGACCUCGACCGUGUCAAGUCAAGUAGUGGAGGUAAAGUGGACUUGACGAUUGGGAGCGCUCUAGAUAUAUUUGGCGGCUCUGGGGUUACUUUUUCGGAAUGCGUGGAGUGGAACAAGGCGAAUGGAAGCUAGAAAAUUUCGUACCGCCCUUAACGAGAAACGACCAAAAUUCUAGAAUUUGAAAACUUAUUCACCGUAUAUUAGGGGCGCAUGUAAUUCAAUAGCGAUUGGAGAUUCCAUACGCAGUAUGUCACCAUUGCGAGCACAUUCAUCAUUGAUGGUCACAAUCGGGGAGCUUUUAGCUAGGCUUAGCUGCAAGACAAUGAUCUCAUCUUGUCAAGAAGAGCUAUACUCAAGGAAAUAACUGAUGGGUCCGAGUGAGAUCCAGAGCUACUUAAGGUCGAAAGCCCGUUUCAAAGAUUUCAAGCGGUUCUGCCGCCAUUUAUCCGCCCCAUACCAAUCCUUAGGCGUCUCGUCGCCAUAGGCGUAGUUAACAUACGCAUUCAAGCUACUUUGGCCACUUCCCUCGUGGAGGAUCUGGCGAAUCUUGUUGCCGAGUUUCAUCGCUCGGUCAUCCAGUUGUUUUCCGUUCGGCGUGUAGGUGAGGAGCGGUGCGGCGAGCAGGUUCUGGGAGCGGUAGGCAAAGGCCGAGGAACCAUCCGGGAUCGCUCUUACGGCCUGCAUCGCAUACCCUUCAAACAUGAAGAGUGAGUUGCUGAAGGGGGUGCCGGGGCUGGUGGUGGCCUCGACGAACAGAUCGUAUACCCGUCGCUGCGCGGAGGGGUUGUAUGAUUUGAGAUAGAUGGGGAAGCGCGGGUUGGCGUUUCCGGUUAUCUGGCAGGGCGUGUCGGAGAGUGAGAUGCCUGUCCACCUAGCCAGGUCAAGAUAAGUUCCUGGAGUGGACUCUUUGGAGAUUGGCCCCAGGUCAUGGAAAGGCUUAGUAUAUGCUGGGUUGACGGUGUCUACCCCUUCCUGGAUGAGAUACAUGACGACGACCGGCUAUCGAAGUUGAUUAGAUUUGUUAUGACAGACCCCAAAUUGGCAUUUGGGGCACACGCACCUUAUUCGGGUCAAUUGUAGGAUCGAAAAACCAGUAAGACCAGUUGACAAGAUGAACGGGCAUGGUCCCGUUUGUCAGCCACAUCUCGUUGGCAAGCUCAUAAACCGCCUCGACCUUAUCGCCGCUAAAGAUGAUAGUCUCCAGCGCAUAAUUGCGGUGCUUGAUAUCGUAGAUUUUGGAAACCACAGAGGUGACAAUGCCAAA